AUCAUCUACAAUCCAUCUGUCGCGUUACACCUACCACAUCAACCACAACAACCAAGAAGGUGGUUUUGCACCAACUCAUCCACAUCACAAUGAUUGCAGACCUCGCAUGGUGGGUCUUCAAGACCAGCUUCGGUCUCAUCAGCCUCGCCUCCAUAUGGGUCCGCGCAUCCAUGCACAGUGGGCCUCCAUGGGCGAAAGACACAGAGCAAGAGAAGAAAGCGCUGGGAGAAGCACAGGACGCGCGAUGGAGUCUUAUCCGCGAGCCAAUCGCGGGGUUCAGACAUGCAUUUUACAGGACCAGGAAGGGGGCUCGAUUGCAUUAUGUCGUGAAUCGGGGGGUUGAGGAAAAGAGUGAGGGGAGAAAUGUUGCUAUCUUCAUCCACGGCUUUCCGGACUCGUAUCUGCUCUGGCGGAGUGUUUUGGAAGACCCGGAGUUGAGGGACUAUGUGCUUGUUGCUGUGGAUCUUCCUGGGUACGGUGGUAGUGAUGGCUUGUCGAGCUACGACGCAACAUCGGUACUUGAGGCGCUCACAGACUUCAUCAUUGGUAUGAGGUCGGCUUUCCUCAACCAGGACUACAAGCUGGUAAUGGUCAUGCAUGACUGGGGUUCGCUCAUUGGCGCCAGGCUUGCAUCUGAGGCGAAGGGGUUGGCUGAUCACUGGGUCGUCACAAGCGGUCUCGUCCCACAUGCCACAGUUGCCAACGUUCGCUCCCAAUCAUCAUUAGCGAUGCAAAUGCUGCGUACGUGGACCCGCCAACCUCUCAACACUGUCCUACUUCGAAACGCCAUCCGCGCACUCGACCCGGUAAAAUCUCAAUUUAGCUGCUCCUUCUACAUCUUCUGCUUCAAUCUGCCUCCCCCGUUCAACAUUUUCUUCGCCACAUUUGGAAACUACUGGUUCCUGCGCAUCCUCCACAGCCUCGGAAAGGGCAAGGCGCAGAAACCGGACGCAGGGGAAUUGGCAGAAGCCAUGGCCAUGUCCGCUGGCCCUGCCAUGGCGCAAAUCACAAAAAACACAGGAAAUGGACACGACGGGCUCAGGUAUGGCGAGGCUGUUAGAAAGAGAGUCGCUGACCGCGGUAUGGCGGAGAAGAUCCGCAUCUAUCGCGAAGGUCUGUUCGUGGGCACCUGGGACAAGUCGCUCCAAACCACGGCUGACUUGUACAAUCUCCCUGGCUCAUCUGUGAUGGUGUCGACUACUGCGCCUCAAGGUGCGUUCAAAGCCCCUGCGACUAUCAUUAUGGGCAAAGACGAUCUAGCGUUCGAUAGGAGACUGGCGCUGGGUGGUGUUCGUGACUACCUCCCUAAGGGCAGCCAUGUCCUGGUUAUCGAGGGUGCGGGUCAUUGGCUGCCGAUUGAAGAGACGGGUCGACUGGUUCUGCAGAAGACGGUUCGUUGGGCGUUGGGCGAUGGGACAGGCAAGUCGGCGCCGUUUGCGGAUAUGAGCAAUGUGCAGAUUGUGGAGGAGUUGUGAGAUGUAACAAGACCAGACAGUUGCCUUCGUAGGUGACCAGACUUCAAUGGAAAGGGAGGUUAACUCUCAGUUAUGGUUCCGACAUCUUUCUUUAUGGCAGUUUUGGCA